CCGUGUCAACACAUUGGGUUCCAACAAAUAUUUUUAGUUUUUAAUAAAUUAUACUAGAAUUAAGAAUUAAUAAAUUUACAUUUUGUUAAAUUAAAUUAUUAAAAGUGAUAAAAAUGGCGGAUAAAAGUAACAAGUUUGAUGGGAAAUUACCUUUCGAGGCGGCUAUCGACAAAGCAGGCUAUGGCUUGUACAGCCACAUCAUGACAGGCUUGACGGGCAUCACGAUCAUCUCCUUCGUCUGCAUCGUCUUCUCCAGCACCAUCAUUGUGCCGACCAGCGCCUGUGAGUUGGGCACCACCAGCAGCCAGCAGGGUCUGCUUGCUGCAGGACCUGUUGUUGGGUCUCUGCUAGGUGGGAUCUUAUGGGGCUACCAGGCGGACACUCGCGGCAGACGUAAGAUGCUGUUGGUGUCCCUGUGCGGAGGAAUCAUCGUCAACCUCAUCGCCAGUAUCUCCGUCAACUGGAUCAUGCUCAUGAUCUUCCAGUUCAUUGCUGCUUUGUUCGCUUCAGGUUUAUACUCCAUGUCGAUGUCUCUGCUGAGUGAGAGCGUGCCCAUGGGGAAGCGGAACCUCGUAGUUCUACUCGUAUCCAGCAUCUUCCUGCUCUCACAGGGACUUAUGGCAGCGCUCGCCAUCCCAAUCAUCCCUCUAUCUUUCUCUUACUACCUCCCCGCCCUUGGCAUCUACUGGAACUCCUGGCGAACCCUGCUGGUGGUGUACUCCUCGCCCAGCAUCAUCACCCUCAUCUGGAUGUACCUGAUGCAGGAGAGCCCCAAGUUCAUGGUAGUCAAGGGACGCGAGCUGGAAGCCCUAGAGAUCUUGAGAGUCAUUCACAGAGUUAAUAACUUCCGAUCGAAGGAGGAGUUUGGGGUUCUCGGCUUACUUCAAGAACCUGGCCAGCAAGCAGAGGCUGGAGCGUCCGUUAAAGAACAGGUCGGGCCGCUGUUCAGGAUGCCUCUUCUUAAAUACACCAUUAUCAUGACUACACUCUUUGUUAUAAACCAAACUGGAGCAUUCCUUGUAUGGCUGCCGACCAUCGCCGACCAGUUCGUGCGAAUCCUACAAACCGGAGAGAACUCCGACCUCAAUAUGUGCCAGAUCAUCAAUACUGAGAGUCAAGUCGACGAGUCAGCGACGCCAUGUUCUUUGAACGUGACUUCUCUCCUCAUAGUGCUGGGUGUUGGAGCUAUGCAGUCUGUGUGCAACAUCGUCAUCAGUAUUGUGGUGAACUGGGCUGGUCGUCGUAACAUAGUGAUGGUGGUGACGGCCCUGUGCGGAGUGAGCGGUCUCCUGGUGAACCUGGUCCCCAACGCCAUCGGCAGCGCCGUGCUCUUCGGUAUCCUCGUCAUUGGAGUGAUCGUCGUUGGAUUGUACACGGCCAUCACAGUCUCCCUGUUCCCUACACAACUUAGGGCUUUGGCUAUAGCUUUAGCGAUGACUGGAGGACGUAUCGGAACUUUUGCAUCAAUCCAGAUCCUGAACCUGAUGUUGGUCAACAGCUGUGAUGCUGGCUUCUAUCUGUUCUCAUCGCUCUUUGCAAUUUCGGCCAUCGUCGCAUCCUUCCUACCAGACGAUCGGCGCACUAACGUUGCAGCUGUCGAAUCUGCAUCAAUAAAUAAGGAAGAUGAUCAAAAUAAUGAAUUAGGGCUUAAAAAUGCUGAUGAUUGAUUAGAAUCUGAUAUGUUUAGUGGUUUAAGUGUAAAUAUUAUUAAAUAGGAUAACACAGGGUACCUACUAAGGUCUUGUCAUAAUUUAAGGUUAUUAAUUUAUUAAAACUAAUUUACUCAGUAUUUUAAUAAAACUAAUUUAUUAA